AUGUUGGCAGCAAGAGCGUCUAUAUUAAGAAGUGCCAGUGCCACCACCAGACGGAAUCUCUCUGUUUCCACCAGAAGAUUGGCCGAAGUCAAUGUUACUGUUGAUGGUAAAACCGUUUCCAUUGAAGCCGGUUCUUCUAUUAUUCAAGCUGCAGACAAGGCAGGUGUGACCAUUCCUCGUUACUGUUUCCAUGAUAAGUUAGCCAUUGCCGGGAACUGUCGUAUGUGCCUUGUUGAUGUUGAAAGAAUGCCCAAAUUGAUUGCUUCAUGUGCUGUUCCAGUUCAAGAAGGAAUGGUGGUUCAUACUGAUUCUGAAAGAAUUAAAAAGGCAAGAGAAGGUGUCACCGAAAUGUUAUUGCAAAACCAUCCAUUGGAUUGCCCAGUCUGUGAUCAAGGUGGUGAAUGUGACUUACAAGAACAAUCUCAUAGAUAUGGUCGUGAUAGAGGUAGAUUCCAAGAAGUGGUUGGUAAAAGAGCAGUUGAAAACAAGGCAAUUGGUCCAUUGGUUAAGACUUCCAUGAACAGAUGUAUCCAUUGUACAAGAUGUGUUAGAUUCUUGAAUGAUAUUGCAGGUGCCCCAGAAUUUGGUACCGCUGGUCGUGGUAAUGAUAUGCAAAUUGGUACCUAUGUAGAAAGAAAUAUCAAUUCAGAAAUGUCUGGUAAUAUCAUUGAUUUGUGUCCUGUCGGUGCAUUGACCUCUAAACCAUAUGCAUUUAGAGCCAGACCUUGGGAGUUGAAGAGAACCGAAACCAUUGAUAUCCAUGAUGCCGUUGGUUCAAACGUUAGAGUUGAUGCCAGAGGUAUUGAAGUUAUGAGAGUCUUGCCAAGAUUGAACGAUGAUGUUAACGAAGAAUGGAUUUCUGAUAAGACUAGAUUCGCCUGUGAUGGUUUGAAGACCCAAAGAUUAACUACUCCCUUGAUAAGAAAUGGUGAUAAGUUUGAAACCGCUACUUGGGAUGAAGCUUUAUCAUGUAUUGCCUCUGCAUACUCCAAAGUCGCUCCUAAAGGUGACGAAUUCAAGGCUAUUGCCGGUGCAUUGACCGAUGUUGAAUCUAUGGUGGCUUUGAAGGAUUUAACUAACACUUUGGGCUCCGAAAACACCACUACUGAUGUGAAACUCGCUGUUGAUGCUCAUGGAACUGAUUUCAGAUCAAACUACAUUUUCAAUUCUACCAUUGAUGGCAUUGAAGAAGCCGACCAAAUCUUAUUGAUUGGUACUAACCCAAGAUUCGAAGCUGCUGUCUUGAAUGCCAGAAUAAGAAAGGUUUGGUUGAGAUCUGACUUGGAAAUUGCUUCUGUAGGUGAAGAAUUCAACUCUACAUUUGGUCUUGAACAUUUGGGUACCGAUGUUAAGGCCUUGGAAUCUGCUUUGAAUGGUGAAUAUGGUAAGAAGUUGGCUGGUGCUAAGAAACCACUUAUAAUUGUUGGCUCAGGUGUUGCUGAAUCAAAGGAUGCUGGUUCCAUUUAUAAAGCAGUUGCCGAAUUUGCUUCUAAGAAUUCCUCCAACUUUGCUGCUCCAGAAUGGAACGGUGUUAACGUUUUACAACGUGAAGCAUCUCGUGCUGGUGCCUUGGAUAUCGGGUUUGCUACAUACAAUGAAGAAACUGCUAACACCAAGGCCAAGUUCAUCUAUUUAUUGGGUGCUGACGAGGUUAAGAACUCUGAAAUUCCUAAGGAUGCAUUUGUCAUCUACCAAGGUCAUCAUGGUGACAUGGGUGCUUCAUUUGCUGAUGUUAUAUUGCCUGGUUCUGCUUACACCGAAAAGAGUGCCACUUACAUCAACACUGAAGGUAGAACACAAGUUACUCGUGCAGCUACCAAUGCACCAGGUGUUGCCAGAGAAGAUUGGAAGAUUAUUAGAGCUGUUUCUGAAUAUUUGGGAGCUGCCUUACCUUAUGACGACAUAUACGCAGUUAGAACCAGAAUGGCUGAUAUUGCACCACAUUUACUUAGACACGAUGUUAUUGAACCUGUGUCUCAAGAUGUUGCUAAGCUUGGUAUUCAAAGCUUAAUUUCCAUAAACAAAUCAUCAUCGAAAGUAGGAGAUUUAUUGAAGAAUCCUAUCAACAAUUUCUACUUUACAGAUGUUAUUUCCAGAUCUUCUCCAACCAUGGCAAGAUGUGUUGCUACAUUUGGUCCAAAGAUCGACAAGGUUCAAGAUGAAAACCCCGACAUCAACUUUUAA